UACGGGGAGACAACAAAAAGAAUGGCUACUUCUAAUCGAGAUGACUCUCCCUCCCCUCCUACAUCUUCCUUUUCAUCACCAUCGCAACAACAACCACUGCCUCCUUCGGCUCGUCUCGAGGAAAUCUUAAACAGCGACGAUCGCUUUGAAGAGCUUUCAGAUUCGGAAAACGAUUUGUACGAAGACAUGGGCACGGCAACCCUAGAGGAGCAAGCAAACAUUACUUACCUGGACAAAAUCAGGAUACCGAUUCAGGAUAGUCUAAAGACCGAGACAUCAGAAACCCAGGACGAGACGCUGCAGAUUGUGCUCCCGUUUCUAGAGGGAAACCCAAACAACUUUCCACUCAAUAUCUUUGGUAUCCCGCAGCUUCAGAAAGAAAAGCAUGUUGCCUUUCUAAAGCAAUCGCUGGGUGACUACCCGGGUGCUUUCGCGAUGCUAGAUGCUUCACGACCGUGGAUGGUUUAUUGGAGCUUACAGGGUUUGAGCUCCAUGGGUUACGAUUUAUCGGAGUACAGAGACAGAGUCAUUCAUACCUUCAGCCUCAUUCAACACCCAUCCGGAGGCUACGGAGGCGGUUUCGGUCAACUUCCCCACUUGGCUGCCACCUAUGCUGCGGUACUAUCCAUCGUAAUGGCUGGAGGGACCAGCGCCUACGAAUCCAUCGAUCGCAAAAACAUGUGGCACUUCCUGGGCCAGAUGAAGCAACCAAGCGGAGGCUUCACCAUGGCUGCCGCAGGCGAAGAAGAUAUCCGUGGCGCCUACUGCGCUCUUGUCGUCCUCUCUUUGCUUCACAUCCCACUCGAACUCCCUCCCGAUGCACCAGCCCGUGCUCACGGGAUCACCACCUUCACCGACAAGCUUGGCUCCUGGAUAUCAGCAUGCCAAUCCUUCGACGGUGGCAUGUCGGCAGCGCCCGGUAACGAAGCACAUGGCGCCUAUGCCUUCUGCGCCUUGGGAUGCCUCUCUAUCAUCGGAUCACCCAAGCGCACUCUCAAUGACCACCUCGACCUACCCGCGCUAAUCCACUGGCUGUCGGCACGGCAAUGCAGCCCCGAAGGCGGCUACAACGGACGCACCAACAAACUCGUCGACGGCUGCUACUCUCACUGGGUCGGCGGCUGCUGGUCCAUUGUCGAAGCUGCGGCUUCAUCGUCCAACAUAUGGAACCGCACUGCGCUGUCACGGUAUAUUCUCGCGGCGGCACAAUUCAAGAAAGGUGGCUUGAUCGACAAACCCGGAAAACGCCCGGAUGCGUACCACACAUGCUAUAACUUGGCAGGGCUGAGUGCUGCGCAGCAUGUGUAUAGCUACGAGGAUACGAUGCUCGAAGAAUUGGGUGGUAGCGAGCUGGAUGCGCCGUACUACUGGAAGGUAGAAGGGCUGUAUGAAGGGGACAAAGUUUGGGAGGAAUCCGAUGAGCUUGAGCAAGUCCAUCCGAUUUUUGUGGUGCCGUUCCGCGCGGUUCACGAAUGUAGAAGGUAUUUUGAAGACAUGAGGAGGCUUGAUUUCGGCCAGGAGCGCGAGUGAAUAGCUCGUACAUUCGGUUCCCUGGAUAAAUGGAAUGGCGGUUUGGCUAAUGCUUUUAUACGUUUGACGUGUUUGUGUUUCGUAGAUAACGGGCACUUGCAUACUACUCAAAUGGCAAUGCGGAGACUUUCGCUCAUUAUAUUUUGCUUGGGUUGAGUAUCAUCUUCUUCCCACUUCUCUAGACCCCAUAUUACAUGUGCUAGGGGUCGGUUUGUGCAUUCGAAUUUUCUCUUUUGUCCCCGUGAGACUUUUGUCCCCUUUUCUCUCUCUCUCCUUCUUCUUAAACCCAAAAUCAAAAUCAAUGAACUCGAGAACCGAAAUGUGGUGACUUAUGACACAACUCCAACACUCCACCCUCAUCCUUCCAUGUCUCCCUUAACUCCCUCAGUUCACGCUCAUGAUCAUAACACAGGAGAUUUGAAUCGCCAGUAAAAUCCUCAGCUAGAUGUAUCCAGUGACGCAGCAACACCAAAACUCUUGUUAUAUGCACUUUUAUCCCCUCGCCCGGUCACUCAUGUUCCCAAAAUACUCUGAUAUAUCAAACUCCUACAUUCUUCCUCCUGUCCUCAAAGGAUAUGAACCUUGCUAUAUAUCAUCACUUCCCAACAUAUGCUCAGAGAUGGGCAGCUGAAAACAAUCAAUCUUGCUACCACUAUCCCCCUCCCCCCAGUGGCUUCCCGAUCAUACUGUCCAGGUCAUAUGCCACGAGUAUGCGUGAUCUGCAAGGGCAGCAUUCAUUGCUUUCUUAUCGUAUAUGGGAAACUCUCCCUAUAUCUGUUCCCCCAAUUGCAAGAAAGAUUGAGAGAACAAUUUUUGGUAAUUGCUAGUUUUUGUUUUUUUGGGAGUCUCUUUAUCGUCGUAACGAUCGCGGUGUGCAGCAUCACUCAAACUCGGAAUUAAUAUUAGAAUUUUCUGGUGCGAAGCCGUGGGAUGUUGUCCACAUACUCUGGAUGCAAUUGAUCGAUCGAUCGAUCAGACAUCUCCGUCGUCCUUAGCUUACAUCUACCCUACGCUAUUGUUAUUUCUCUACUUUUUGCCGUCUUUCACAUGUCCGUUUUCUUCUCUCGCUCUUUCUUCCUUUGUCUUCACGAGAUUGACCGAUUAUUUGACCGAACGAAUAAAUGAUUUACGCUCGUCUAAUCCAGUCCAGCAUAGCUCAGCUCAGCCCAGUCAUGUAGUCCAGUCCGGUCCCAGUCGAAUUGGACCGAGAGAUCAGAAGACUAUUCGUUUGCUUCGUUUCAUACCAGCCACCCGAUCA